AUGACACAGCCGUUCUUGUUCUUUAGUGAUCUUGACGACGUUGCCGUACAGGCAGAGCAGGUUAAAGAGCUUCUCGGCGUUCAUCUUGUUAAACUUGAGGCCGCACACAAUCAGCAGAGACCCGUGGUGUGGACCCGCCGCUUGGGGACGAAACGCCGCUACCUGUGGGAUGCGAAGGACGCGCGCUACCACCGACGAGACCUGAAGGACAAGGCCUAUGAAGACGUCGCGAGUGUGCUGGGGCCCGGUUUUACAGGGGCAGCGGUGAAAGCCAGGUUCUCGAACCUGCGCUCGCAAUUUCAGCGGGAGAUCCGAAAGGUAAAGGGCAGCAACAAAUCUGGAGCAAGCCUCGACGACCUGUAUGUGCCCAGAUGGGGCCACUAUGUAGACCUCCUGUUCCUACAGAGUGCGUGUCCCCAACAUGAGAGCCAGUCAAACAUGGUCCCCCCAAAUGACAGCCGAAGCUCUCAAGUGGGAGCUGACAACAGCCCUUGGGGGCACUUGGAAGGGAGCGAUCCUGUAGAUCCCUCAAGCCUCGAUUUGGAAGAUGAGCUGAGCAGCUGCAGCCAAGCGCCCAGCCCAGGCAAUGCCCCUAGCAGCUGCCAUAGAGGCUCAAGCGACGGAGCUAGCACAAGCGGUGCCGGGAGUUCCAGUGGACGCCCAAGUGUGCCUGCAAAAAGGAAGCAGCCAGAUGACUGUGCCGCUGAAAAGAGACUGCUUCUUGAGUCAGCAACACAGGCAUUGAGUAAGGCCGUCGAGGCAACCAAGCAAAAGGACGAAUGUGACGACUUCGGCGUCAUGAUGGCCAAUGCGCUCCGGCAUGUGCCGCAGGGCCCUCACAGGCAAAUGGCUGGCCUGCUGGCGCACGAAGCUGUCGUCAAGUAUAGCAUAAACAUUAACACUCAGCCCGAGAUUAUCCAGGUGGCGCCUGACGAAUAA